CGCAGUGUCUCUGCGUGCCACAGGGACGUCCAUUUGACGGCACACCAUAGAACCAUUCCGUUGGCUCCUGUAGACAGACCACGGGGCCUGAAAAAGGUCUUAGUUCGAAACCUACUCUACAAACUGAAUUUCAGACAUGGCGCUAAGAUGUGCGUCGGGCGUCUUGUCUUUGACGGUCCUCCUUUUAACGCUGAUGAGUGGCACCUUCUCUCGGUCAACGGCGCGAAAGCCUAAAGCUAUUCCGGUAAUAUACGACGUCGGAGUCUGCACGGACAAGAAGCACCACAUCGAGAUCUACAACGUGACCACCAUCAUGGACGAGUGGGGCGCAAACUACGUCACAGCCGACAUCUUGUUCCGGAAAGGAAUGAAAAACACAUCCAAGUUCGUCGUCAUCAUUACGAAGUGCACUGGGGCAAAGUCGCCCAAUCUAUGCGAGUAUUACCUUCGCUGGGUCUGGACCGCAGCCAUCUGUCGUUUGAUUCCGACCAGAGGCAUGAUAUGGAGUCCGAUAUACGACACAUUCGAGCCGCCGUACACCUGCCCUGUGCCGCCGGGACACUUCCUCGUCCGCAACGCCACCGUGGACGUGGACGCCGCCAUGGCGCUGAUGCCGGACAAGCUCUACAAAUACAUCUGGCCCGUGGAGGUCCAGUUGUACGACGAGCACGGCGAAAUGAUUGUCUGCUUCGUCGCCACAGGCGAGGCCCGAUACGCAAAGGGAAGCACGGGGCAUCCCAGCUAAGACCCAUGCUCAGUUUAAAGUCUGCCAAGAAUCUUCGUAAUAAGAAGAAAACGCAGGCUAAAUCUACGAUGAAUUGCUUGACUCCACGAAGCCAAAUCCUCCGUAAUAGAAAAAAUUUUCCCCAUAUUACGAAGAAACCUGACGAUAUCUUUAUUUCCUUCGUAGCUGCCGCUCCUUGGAUGAAUACCUUUGAA